AUGUAUGGCCGCAAGUUUGAGUACAGCUUCCAGAAGGAUGCCUACGCGGAGCUGGAGUUCUGCAACGAUGUGGGUUACCUGCCGGACGGCACUCCGCUGAACCGCGCAGGAAAUGCCAUCAACCACCCGGAGAACAUCGGCCCUGACCGCCAUGCUCCUGGAUCUCCAUUGCCCCGUGCUAACUUUGUGAACUCCAUCGGCUACCUUCCGGACGGCACGCCCCUGAACCGUGCGGGCAAUGCAAUCAAUCAUCCUGAGAGCAUCCAGCCUGACAUGCACACCCCGGGCUCACCUUUGCCAGCCUCCGUUUACGCCGCCGAUGUCGGUUACUUGGUGGAUGGAACCCCGUUGGACACUGCCGGCAACAACUCUGUGAAGGGUGCUCCAGCAACACCACCACCUGCAGCUGCGGCUGCUUUCGUGGGCUCGAGCGUUCCCUCUCCUCCACCCAUGGCUGCAACCCCUUCCCUAUCUGCUGCAGCCCCUGCGGCCCAGGGUACCGCCAUGCAUGGCCGUAAGGGUGAUUACAGCUUCCAGAAGGACGCCUAUGCCGACCAGGAGUUCUCCAAUGACGUGGGCUACUUGCCGGAUGGCACUCCGCUGAACCGAGCGGGGAACGCCAUCAACCACCCAGAGAGCAUCGGACCGGACAGCCAUGCUCCAGGAUCUCCGUUGCCCCGUGCGAACUUUGUGAACUCCAUCGGCUACCUUCCGGAUGGCACGCCCCUGAACCGCGCUGGCAAUGCCAUCAACCAUCCGGAGAGCAUUCAACCCGACACACACACUCCGGGUUCGCCUCUGCCAACCUCCGUGUAUGCAGCUGAUGUGGGAUACCUCGUGGAUGGCACACCUCUCGAAUACGCCGGAAACAACUCCGUGAAGAUGGCCCCGCCCGCGGGCGCUGCCCCAACGCCCGCUGCUGCGCCUGCUGCAACUCCAAGUCCACCUGUGGUUGCCGCGGCCUUUGUGGGAUCCUCGGCAACAACCACGAAGAAUGUCAGGCACAGUGUGGGAUUCGCCUACACUUUCCAACGCGAUGCCUUCGCGGACUUGGAAUUCAGCAACGACAUUGGCUACCUCCCGGACGGAACGCCAAUCAACCGCGCCGGUAACGCCAUCAAUCACCCUGAGAACAUUCAACCGGACAGCCAUGCACCCGGAUCCCCGCUGCCCCGCGCAAACUUUGUCAAUGAUGUGGGCUACCUGCCUGAUGGAACGCCCCUGAACAAGGCGGGCAAUGCUAUCAACCACCCGGAGACCAUCCAGCCAGACAUGCACACCCCUGGCGCGCCCCUGCCUGCCUCGACUUAUGCAGCUGAUGUAGGCUAUCUCGUCGACGGCACGCCCAUGGACCGCGCGGGCAACCUCUCCGUCCAGUGA